AUGGUGUGGCCCCCAUCUUCCCCUGACCUCAACUCUAUUGAGAACCUUUGGAGCAUCAUCAAACAAAAGAUCUACGAGGUUUUUAACAAAGAAAUGCUGGUUCAAGUGGAGUGCAAGGGUGUCCUGAAAUGGGUUCGAAUACCAAUGAAGGAUGACUGCUACGAUUACUUUCAGUUCAUUCAAGAAGUUUCAGCUAAAUUCAGCCUGCCAAAUGAACCUGAUGUGAACCUGAAGGACUCCUCAGGAGUUGAUGUAGAUGCUGACAUUUUUGAUGAGUUAGUGAGAUCUGCUGCAGUAUCUUUCAAAGUGUUUACUGAGGACUCUGCUGAGAAAGAGGUCUCUGAGGCUUCCUUCUGCUCAGAUGAGGGAUCAUUCUCAUCCAUUGAGUCUGUGAGGUCAUUCUCAUCAGUUGAGUCUGUAAGUUCAGGCUCCACUGUGAUCACAGAAAGCACCAAAGAACGGAGAAGGCGACUGUUAGAAGGACCACCUGACAGUAAAGCAGCAAAAGAUAUGGUCUAUGUAGCUCUACAUCAAAAAAACAGGGGUGAAGACAUAUUCAAAGAGUACAAUACGACCAAAGGCCUUUCUGAUCAAACAAGAAGGAAACUCGUCAACAUCCUGGUGGCAGAUAUGAUUGAGAGUCAUGGGUAA